AGUGAUCGCAUUGUGCAGAGAAGUGGAUGGAGUGUCAUAGUGAAAACACGCAGCACGGAUCGUAGAAUGGCACUGUCUUAUCUUCAAGAGGCGCAGAUUAACGCAGGACUCUUAACCGGGCAACACCUCGAUAUGAAGCAAGAAUCCGAGAAGCAGCCGCUCUCGCCGCCACUGAACAAUAACACGUCGCAAGUGAUGUUCCCUGGCAUGGGUAGCACAGCGGCAGGCCUGUCUAUGCUCACCCCGCAGCAAUUACUCGCCGCCAGCAGAACGGCUGCACUGAUGGCCGCGGGGAUUCCCGUGUCACUACACGCGACUCUAGCCGCCAGCCCGUCUCUCUACAGACACCAUCAGACCUUGUUCGGCAGCUGGGCUCCACCCACCGCGUCGUCGCCACCGUCGCCGCUUCAUCACUCGCCCGGCCCUGUGUCGCCUGCGUUAAGCACCAAGUCCACGUCCCGCCGCGCCAACAACACGGUCACGAACAAUAAUAACAAUAACAAUAACGUGGUGAGCAGCAGCGGAGACAGGAUCACGAAGAAGGGUCAGGCUGCUAAGAGGAAGACGCAGAAGUCGAAGGUGGAUAGUGUGCAACCGUCGGUUGAAGGAUCGGCACCGCUCAGUCCACCUACCUCGGUCAGCCCCGAGGCGGGCAAGGACGGCAGGGACAAGGUGUUCACCUGUGGAGUGUGCUCCAGAUCGUUCGGGUACAAGCACGUGCUGCAGAACCACGAGCGCACGCAUACCGGGGAGAAACCGUUCGAGUGUCCGGAAUGUCACAAAAGAUUUACACGGGACCAUCACCUCAAGACCCACAUGCGUCUGCACACUGGUGAGAAACCGUACCACUGCAGCCACUGCGACCGCCAAUUCGUGCAGGUAGCCAACCUACGCCGUCAUUUGCGCGUGCACACAGGUGAGCGGCCGUACGCGUGUGAGCUGUGCGCCGCCAAGUUCAGCGACUCGAAUCAGCUGAAGGCUCAUCUGCUCAUACACAAGGGCGAGAAACCAUUCGAAUGCGAGCACUGUCAGAUGCGGUUCAGACGGAGGCAUCACCUGAUGCAUCACAAAUGUGGCACAGGGAUGAACGCCUCUGGCCAAAUCUCCAGAUCUCAGGUCGCCUCCCCUUCACUGGCGAGCGACGACCUAGACGAGGACAUCGACAUAGACAUCGACGUGGAGAUGGAGGAACCAGAUGCAACGUCGCUGAUCAGCAGAAAAACGAACGCCUCUGUCAGACCAGCUCAUCGUCAAUUACCUAGUCCUGUCGUCAGCACCUCGAUGCCCAUGCCGCUGAAUCUAUCCGGAAUCCCUGUGGAUCUGCCGGAGCAGACGGAACCGGAAGACCUGUCCAUGUCCACUGGUAUGCACAGGCCCCACUCUCAGUCGAACAGCAGCGGCGACUCGCCUCUGAGCCGUAGCCCCAGCAGUGACACCAUCCACGAGGAAGACGAGGAGGACCUGGACAUGUCAGAGAUGUCCAGUCCCAACAUUUUCCUUCAGAACCACCGCAACAAAUACGCGCAUCACUUCGCAUCCCUUGGAAACCCCGCCGCGGCUAAUGUUGGCCAUGCGUCCUAG